AUGAACGUCGAACUUCUCAUACCUGCAGGCGAGCAGAGACCGUGCUCAACGGUGACCGAAAUACGUGCUACAACAGCAGGACCCAUUAAGCGUAAACGUGACACACGACCAGCGGGUGUCACGGCAUCGAUGAGUCAAAUGUCUCUGUCGAAUCUUCCGAGCAAACGUCAACGUUCGACGACCAUGGGCGAUGUGGCCGAAGAAACAGUAGCGAACAGAUCAGCGUCGGAGAACAAGCCGAAAUAUUUGAAAGUGCCAGAUCAAAUAUUCAAAGAGAUGUUAACUAAAGCAUUUACGGGAACAGAAAACAUCGUUGGAUCACUCGACACACCUACAAAAGUCGAAUUCGUUCGUGCGUACGCUCAUUUCGUUAACAAUGUGUUCUAUCUGAAACUAGAACAGGACUUUUGGCUUUACUAUGAUACUGUAUGUAUGUCAG